AUGCUGCGUCGCUUUACGAGGCUAAUCAGGGCGGUGGAGCGCGACCAGAACUUUGUUCAGCUGCAGUACAGCCUGCUGCAGGAGUUCGAGGCCGACCCCGAGCACGGCGGCCCGGCCUUCCGCAAGGUCGUGGAGGGCGCCAUCAGCGCGCUGUCGACCAUAAAGUCGCCGGAUGCGCCGGCGAAGCUCAACGCGGAGUGCGUGCUGCUACUGGAGGAGGUCGCGACGUACUGCCGAACAGCGUACCCAUGGCCGCUGGUGAAGCUGCUGCUGCUCGUGGUCUGGAGCCAUGCCUUCGACGAGUUGUAUGAGAUGGAGCAGGCGUUCACAGGCACGAUAUACAGCAAGCAAGAGUACUACGAGGAGCGGCGCGCGGCGCUGGAGCUGCUCUUCAACUUCCGCAAGCCGCCCAUGACCCUGCAGCGCCUGGCCGAGAUCCCGCUCCGGCAAACGUACAUGACGGUCAGCAAGCUGGUGCAUGCGUAUCGCAAGGUGAUGCUGGUGCGCCCCCUGACCGACAAGGAGGUGGGCGUCCAGUUCUCCCUCACGAGCGAACCGUCGGAAGAGGCCGACAUGGAGGCCCUGAAGCCCGUGGAGGCCGCUUUGAGCUCGUGGUUCGAGGUGAUAAAGGACCCCAGGGGCUACCAGUGGCACGACGACUAUUGGUUGGGCUUCUGGGAGACGAAGCCGGAGGAGGAGCCCCCGGGGCCGGUCAAGCGCCCGCUGGAGGCGUGA